UGUCCGCCAUUUUGUGUAAUGUGUGUUGCACAGUGAAAAAUCCAAAGACGUCAUAAUAAACUGGGUUUUCAAUCCUGUAUUUUUAUAUAAAUGACAUGUAAACCGAUUUAAAUGUCCACAAAUAAAAAACAUCUCAAAUAAGGGAUGCUUAUCCCUAUAAUUGACUAUCGCAGUCGCGUUUAAGUGCGUAUAUUAUCCGCAGUGCUUAUAUGUGUGUACACAGCUGAAUGCAUACAUAUGUAUGUAUGUAUGCAUGUAGUUGUCUUAACAUCCGUAACGAUAACUUAAUUGAAGAUCCAUCCAUUUUUAAGAUCUAUUUAGUGAGUAGUCAUUAAAUAGAUAGAGCAAUAACAAUAUGUUAUCAUGUCUCCAACGAACAUAAGUUUUCGAAUUAACGCGAAAAAGCGACAUUCUUCGGAAACAGGACCGAAAAGAAAGUUAAGCAAUGCAUUUACAAAAGAAGUAGAAAAACAGGAAAAAGUGCAAGAAGUAGCUCUUCUCCCGACAGUAUUAACUAACGAUAAAUAUCGAUUUAAUAACGAUAAAUAUAAUAUACAUACUUCUAUCGUGACACGAAAAAUGUUUCGCCAUCAAACUGCCCUCUUGUUAUUUAUGCUUUCAAUCGCCACUUGCCAAAUUUCUUUAACACAAACCUUGUUCUUGGACGACAUAAACAAUAAUAAAACAAUAUCACAAGCAAAAUCUAAUAACGGGCAAGGUAGAGUCAACAAUAGCACUGGAGGUAGUAAUAAUAUGAUAUCUGCUGGUAACCCCAAUUCUCCAAUCGGUGAAAAAGAUUAUUUGGAAAAGCUAAAUAAUUUUGAGCGUAGCGUUGCGGCCGUUUUAAUUAAAGUUGCUUAUGGCACAACAUCAACCACUAAAAGAAGUAUACCAGACUCCAGCUAUUCAUUGGGUUUAACUACAGUUGCAACACCAUUUCUCACAACGCAAAGGUAUCCUUUAUCAAUACAUCAUCAACAGCCAGGUGUCAGUCAUCAAAAGAACUAUGAAUUCGAUUUGGAAAGAGAUCAUGCCCUGCCCACGUCAGCCCCUAAUGCUGAUAUCUUGAAGAGUAAUAAUAAUCCAACAUAUCCCAAUCCAAAUCGUCAUUCGUCACAUGCACAACAUGAAAGGGAUCGCCAUAGACAGCACUAUAAUUCAACACCAAAUCCAGCCAUUCCCAAUCUAUUUAACAAAAAAGCAAACAACGGAGGAGGUCAUGCUCAUCCGCCAACCAUACCGAUGUAUCCCGGGGAUCAUAUACCAUCUUACUCGCCACCAUCGCGAUCUUUUUUCACGCCACCGCUACCGCCGGAAUACCAGAAUCCCUUCGCUGAUAAACCCACUCUAAGAGGGACAAAUAAUGAGGGUUUAAUUGGUAUUAAUAGGAGGCCCAUACCACCGCCCAGCCUUAUGCCCAGUCAGGAUAGGAUACCCAUAAGACCACCGGAAUUGGGAGGUAACAACGAUGAUAAUCCCCAGCUGAAUUUAGAUACAAAUAAUCCAUUAAUAGAGUCAAGUAGUUCGCAUAAUACCGACGAUAAUGUUACUACAAUGGACCGGAAAAAAACCUUGAAUACGCCAGCGCGUCAGCACGAGCAGUUUUUGAAUGAAAAGAAGUCUGUUACCACCUCGAAAAAUUCCCAAGAACAGGAUCAGAUAGGGGAUCAUGAUCCCAUUAUUAAGAAAAGUCAGGAAGUCUUGCCCAAUAUACGAAGGAUCCUGGGUUCCAAUGGUAAAAAUGGCGAUAUUCCCGCUGUUCUUCUAAAGCAAGUGACUCAAACCCCCAAUAUCAUAAGCAUACGAAAUCCACCUUCCUCACCCAUAGUUUUGAUAGAAAAGCAGGGACAGGGAACAAAUCAGGAGGAAAAUUUAGAAGAUGGUUCUGCGUCUGUGAUGAGUUCGAAUAUAAAUCAAAGUAAAUUAGAUUAUUAUGAUAAUGCUAAUCAAAGUCAGACCACACCAUCGGCUGCGGCAGCCAUUGGUGAUGUUAUCUCUGCCACAUCGUCCUUGUCCUAUGCCACCACCAAUUCCGCUGUGAAGACCACAGUGGGAAAGGAUCUAGGGGCCAUGCCGAAUCUGGGCGACCGUGACAAGGCACACACUACCUGGUCGUGGGCUUGGAAUAUACACAUCUAUCUCUCCGUUGUACUCUUUACCAUUCUCUCAGUUUAUUCCCUGUACAAACUCUUGACUUUUAACAAAUUGGCACACUUGUUUGCCCAGUCAUACUUUAUUUGCAUACAUAUUAUAUUGAUUAUAAUCUGUGCCAUGCGUAUAUUUUUCCUAUGCUUUGAUGCCUAUAAUGUGCAUGGUUCGUUCAAUAUUUUUGCAGCCGAGUUGCUGUUGAACCUUCCCUCUACAUUCCUUACUGUAGCCUUUUCGGUUUUAAUUUUGUUUUUAUUUCUUAAAUCGCUAAAUCACAAAAAUAAUCGCUAUUCAGCUUUGAUAAGGCCUCUGACAGUGGUUGUGGGUUGUGGCGUGCACGUUGUUCUUUGUGUAACUCUGCACUAUGUUGAGUCUUAUACGUUAAAGAAUCAUUUACUAUAUUAUCAACAGCAACAGCAACAGCUUUUAUUUCGCAGACAGCUGCAUUUUCAAGGAGGAGGCGGUGCCAGCUUGACGCCACCUUCAUCGGCUGCUAUUCUACCACCGCCACCGAGGGUCUUGACACUGAUUUGCCAAAUUAUAUACAUAUUUAUUUGCUUAAGUUUGGGCCUACUCUACUUAUAUCUAUAUCGCAUUUUGAAAAAAAUUUUGCGUAGUAAAUCACAGAAUUAUAUUCAUGGCUAUCAAAACUUGUCGUAUGCCAUACACAUAACCAUAGCCACAGCUUUGCUAUUCGUCUUAAUGGCUGUUCUACAGAUUUUUGGCGCGAUAUGUAUUGCCACGUCACCGCGGCAAAUGAAUAUCAUAGACGUCGAUUGGUUACAAUGGGGUUAUCAGUUUUCCCUACGUUUAAUAGAAAUUGCCAUUAUAACGUUGAUAACAUGGGUAACUGGCCUAAAGACUAGUAUCGGUGGUAAUGAUUCAGCAGCAAAUACUGCUGGAAAUGUGGGCACGAAUGAUGUACGUAUGGUGAGUUGUACAUCAACGAGAGACAAGCAUGUUGUUGGAAAUGUUGCGGGAGUUUCGAAUUUCUUUUUACCCUGCACUUCGAGCUCGAGUCAAGAGGUCUUUGAGACCGAUUAUCCCACCAUAUGCAAUGCCAAUACGAACUUGCACACGUACACCAUGAGAACGGGGAAAUUGAUCUACGAUGACAGUUAUGCCUUGAAUCCAAUGGGUGCUGCGGUAUCUUCGUCCACUAAUCCGGGUAACAAUGGACGUUCCUUUGAGUACCAACUGCAGGAACCCAUGUAUCAAAGGCCAUACGAUACGGGCUCUAUGAAUAGUCAAAAUAUUACAGAAUAUCAUCAUGGCCAUGCUCAGAUUCAGAACUAUCAUAAUAAGCCCCAUAAUAUGCGUUAUACGAAUGAUACGGUAACUGAUCACUAUGAGAAUCCGAACUUUAAUUUAAAAAUAGACAGUUUAGAAAGAAAUACUACGGAAACUUGUUAUUCGGAGCCCUUGGAGCAUGGGAACAAUAAGAGAUUUGAGUUUAAUAUAUUCGAGAGACCGGUAUAUAAGGAAAAGACAUUGAAUACCAAGGAUGCGAAUAAUAUGGAUAGUUUUCAGGAUCGUAAGAUGGGAAAUGGGAGGAAAUUAAAUGGCGGAACUCAAGAACGUAAUUAUUUUGAUAAUACAAAUACCAAUUCAAAUCAUAAUCAUCAUACUGACCGACGUAGCUCCAACUCUACAAGUAACUCUGGUUCUUCUUCCCAUGGGGUUAAUGUUCGCUAUCCCAGCUAUAACUCUUAUGAGCGGUGUUUCGUUACUGGCGUAAGGAAAAGCGGAACCUUGAGUCAAAUUGGAGUUCCCUUAGAACGUGGUGCGGAACCAUCAAUGGUAUCAGGAACCCAUCAUCGCGUGAUAUCCAAUGGAGCUCAAACCUUGGGAGAUAGAGCCGCUCAUUAUUACCAGAGAGGAGGGACAGUAAAAGGACGUAACACUCAGCUCAGAUCAGGUACUACUACUGAUCUAAUAAAAAGUAUACCUAUUAGAGAACGUCAACUCCCCUAUGAUCAUCAUAAUUCCAAUGAGGAAGACGAUGAUGAAGAAGAGGAGGAUAUAAUAUCUGACAAUAAUGUCGAGUGCACCAACUUAAUAAAUAAUGAUGGCAUCACCACGUUGACCAAUCGAGAGGAUUGUGCUACAAAUUCCACAAUUAAUGAUAAAUCCGUGGCAGUGUCUUCUUCAGGAGCUAAGAAUAAUAAAAUCGAUCCGUUAUUGCAUUUGAAUACAAAUAAUGGUAAACUUCGCACUGCCUCAUCAGUAUCGGUAGCUUCCGCUUCAUCCAAUUCCUGUACGACAACGUCAAGUGCUUCGGAUAGUAUGCUAGUGGCAGAUCAAGGCUUCUUAAGAUUUCGUUCAGCAGAAGAUCAGCUUAGUAUAACCCCCAAUGGAUCAUCGUCCCAAGUAGUGGUAGACCCCUCCUCCGGAUCUUUCUCUUUUUGUCCUCAAGGUUGCAGUGUGACAGAGAAGGUUAUCGAUUGCUAAAAGAUAAAUCACCAUAUAUAUAUUACAUCCGAAAUAUAGUUUAGCGCUUUUGCAAAAAUUUUCUUGCAGAUUUGAAAAUCAAUUGAAAUAGGAAUGAC